UUGGCUUGCAGUCUGUCCAGUAGGGAGCACUGUGGCGCACGGUCACUGCGAGGAACAUGAAGAAGACGCAAUGAAAACAGUGGUGGAUAUACUGUGGCUCCUUCUGGUCGCUGCGUUGUGGGGGGUCACCAACCCACUCCUGAAGAAAGGAACUGUGGGUAUUGAGCAUGUGAAGGAAGGGAGCAGGAUCUCUCAGCUUCUGGCUGAAGUAAAAUUCCUCUUUCUCAACAUCAAGUGUCUUUUACCGUUCCUGCUGAACCAGAGCGGCUCUGUGGUGUUCUAUUUCACCCUCGCCACAACGGAUUUAUCGCUGGCUGUGCCAACAGUGAACUCUCUCAGCUUCCUGUUCACACUGCUGACUGGAAAACUGCUCGGGGAGGAUUUUGGAGGGAAAAGAGCUGUCCUGGGGAUGGUGCUCACUAUGCUGGGGGUCACUCUGUGUGUGGUCAGUUCUGCGUCAGAAGCAGAGAGUGCAGGACUUCAAAACACAACACAAACCAGAAACACUGGAUACCAGACUGUCCCUCACUGACUCUGGACACAGCUGCAUCAAGGUGGACACUGUAUGCAAAGUCUUUCCGUACUAAUAGGGUUUCUGUGAGUAAAAUAAAAUAGGGCUGAACUUGUGGACAAAAUACAAAAGACAAAACUUGUGGCUGCAGUAAAAACACCAUUAAUGUGACAUGGUUGAAGACUGGCCUGCAUUACUCUGACUUUCCUACAUAAUCUUGUUUUGCUUGAUGUAAAUGAAUCAUCAAAACGCCCACAGCACCUCAUUUGGGACUGUGGUCAGGAUGCCCACAGCACAUUAAUAAACAGUUUGAGGCCAAUAUUGUGGAAACAACUCACUAGGCAACGUAAACAUAAAUAUUUUUCCUCCUUCCUUUAACCCUACAACUGAAACAGCAAGACACACUUGAAGGAUUUGUUGCAACAGUAAGUAACCGUUGUGAAUGUGUGUGGCCUUAUUUCAGUAGAUAACGUUCACACUAUUACUUCCUUGCAGGUGGACCAGAUGCAGAUGUUUGUAAUUUUGUACCCCCCGCCUCCCACAUACACCAUCUGCUUUGUGAUCUUUGUUAUUGUUUAUGGUUAUUGAUCCUAAGCCAAUGAAUACACAGAGGCCCAAUCAACAGAGGUAAACCAAACCAGAGAGCACGUUUCCUGGCAUGUGGGCGUUUUUGUGCCCUGGCAAUGCAGCAGUUAUCACAUCCCAGAUAAUAAAAGGCUUUUAUUGACUAAAUCAUUGACUACAUCAAGUACUUGCUUUGCAGCUGAAUACAUUUUGUAAAAUUAUAAAUAUUGUAAAUAUUCUGUUUACGCAAAGUUCAGUCAGUGGAUAUUUAUGACCAAACUCUUGACCUGGGCUGGGUUAUGAGUCAAAAGCUACAUUCACAUUAAAAGCCUCAUUGCUCAAA